AUGGAGAAUGAAACUCAGCUCCUCACGGGAGCAUUGAAAUAUGGACCAGCGGCAAUCCUUCCGACUGCCGGACUGCUUGGCCAGCUAGUCCCCUAUAUCGUCGCUGUCUCUGCAGCAUACCCCAUCCUGUGCUCUCUUCUCCGAUUCCGUCGCAUGCGAUGGCUUCACCGAAAGUACGAUUUCCCGACGCGCGAGUCCCUCGCCCGCAUGACCGAUGAUGAAGCGUGGGAAAUCCAGAAGGUCCUGUUGCAGCUGGAGUUUCCCUUCUUCUAUAUCAAGGCGCUGCAGUUCGCGCUCUUUCGAACAUAUGGCAUCCCCUCCAUAUCCAAAGUCUUGACGGCCACAAGCCAGUUCUCCAACCCCGAGACCUCUUUCAAGCGCUACACCGACACCAGCGCCCUGGUCCAGGAGUUUAUGGGCCACGCGCCUUCUUCGGAACGCGCCUGCACCGCGAUCGCACGCACCCGCUACCUGCACCAGGGAUACCGCGACUCGGGCAAGAUCAAAGAGGACGACAUGCUGUACACGCUAGGUCUCUUCGCCAUCCAGCCCGUCCGGUUCAUCGAAAAGUACGAGUGGCGCACGCUUACAGACAUGGAGAAGUGCGCCAUCGGCACGUUCUGGAAGAGUCUCGGUGACGGCCUGGGGAUCAGCUAUGAGAAGCUGCCGUCGAGCAAGAUCGGGUUCCGCGACGGCCUCCACUGGCUGGAGGAGAUCAUGGUUUGGAGCGACGAGUACGAGGUCGAGUGCAUGCUGCCGGAUAUCAAGAAUCGGGAGACCGCCGACCAGACGACCCCGGUGCUGGUGUACAUGAUUCCGCGGCCACUGCAACACAUCGGCCUGCAAUUCGUCUCGUUCAUGAUGGAUGAUCGUCUGCGGGAAGCCAUGCUUUACGAAGCACCCCCACCAUCCUACUCCACAGUCUUCGCCUCGCUCCUCUCCCUCCGCCGAUUCGUCAUGCGCUACUUGACCCUCCCCCGCCCCUACGCACUGCGCUACACCGCCUUCACCGAGCAGAUGGACGAGCACAACCGCGUCUUCAUCACCAAGUGGGACGCCGCCCCGUACUACGUCAAACCGACCUUCUGGAACCGCUGGGGUCCCACCGCCUGGCUGACCUGGGCCCUGGGCAAGCCGCUGCCCGGCGACAUGGGCGACAAGUACUACCCGCAGGGCUACCACAUCGCCGACGUGGGGCCCAAGUACUUCGAGGGCAAAGGCCAGAAGGCGAUGGAGAAGACGAUGGGGGAGUUGAAGGUCUCGCGCACAGGCAAGUGUCCGUUUCUCUGA